AUGAACGCUAUUACCAUCCUCGUUUCUGCGCUCUGCUUGGCGCUCCUGCAAUUUUCUGUCCGAGCAGAUUCUGCGCAUGCAUUCUGGUUUCUGCCAAGUGCCCCGAUUACUAGAUUCCAAUCCACAAUGGUGGUCCCAUCAACACCUGGUGGGGGUCUCCAUGCAGUUUGGCCAGGCCUCGAAAACGAGUCUGAGGGCUUUGUGUUCCAGAGCGUCUUGAGUGACUCAAACGGUGCUGGGAGCUGGACGUUCUUCGUCGAGUACUGCUGCAAUCCGAAUUAUGUGUACACACCUAUCAAAGUCUACCCUGGCGACUCUAUAACAAGCACAUUCUCCCUAGACAAUGGUUUAUGGACUGAUGCCUGGUCUCUUGCCCCCGGUGCCAUUGGCUCAGCAAACGGACAGAUACCGCAGACCGGCUCAUCGUCGAACUCAUUUUCCAACGAAGGUGCCUUGACCAGAGGUCUCCUGGCAAUUGAACUGAAGAACGAAGGAACGUGGGAUUUUGGCCCGGUUCUAUGGACCGAUAUCUCUGUAACGGCUUCGACGACUUCACCAUGGUGUGCUUCAGGCUACGGUACAACUGCGUUGAAUUACCAAAUCAGCGGUGGCGUCCAAUCGAGCUCAGACUCUUCAACGACAUGCACAUACCAGAGUCUACAAUUCAUCGGCCCGUCAUAA